CCCUCUUUCCAUCCUCACCACCCACACCACCCUGGGGCACUCUGAUUGUGCCUUCAUGGUAGACAAUAAGGCCAUCUAUGACAUCUGUCAUAGAAACCUCGACACUGAGCACCCAGCCUACACUAACCUUAACUGCCUUAUUAGCCAGAUUGUGUCUUCCAUCACUGCUUCCCUCAGAUUUGAUGGGACACUGAAUGUUGAUCUGACAGAAUUCCAGAGCAACCUCACGCCUUACCCUCAAAUCUACUUCCCUCUGGCCACUUAUGCUCCUGUCAUUUCUUCUGAGAAAGCCUACCAUGAGCAACUUACAGUAGCAGAGAUCACCAAUGCUUGCUUUGAGCCAGCCAACCAGAUGGUGAAAUGUGAUCCUUGCCAUGGUAAACACAUGGCUUGCUGCCUGCUGUACCAUGGUGACGUGGUUCCCAAAGAUGUCAAUGCUGCCAUUGCCACCAUCAAGACCAAGCGUACCAUUCAGUUUGUGGACUGGUGCCCCUAUGGUUUCAAGGUUAGUACUGAUUACCAGCUUCCCACUGUGGUACCUGGUGGUCACCUGGCCAGGGUCCAGAGAGCUGUGUGCAUGCUGAGCAACACCACAGCCAUUGCUGAGGCCUGGGCUCGCCACAAGUUUGAUCUGAUGUAUGCCAACCGUGCCUUUGUGCACUGGUAUGUGGGUGAUGGCAUAGAGGAAGGGGAGUUCUCUGAGGCCUGUGAGGACAUGGCUGCUCUAGAGAAGGGUUAUGAGGAGGUUGGGGCAGAUAAUGUUGAAGGAAAUAAUGAGGUGAAGAAUAUUAAUUCAUGUGCUGCAAUUUUACACUUCUGUGGUCUCAUUUGUCUUUCAAGUGCUGGGCAGAGCUGCCAGGACUCUACCAUUUACAGAGCUGCCCAAGAGACAGUCUCAACCAUGGUCUUCGAAGACAGACAGCAUACGUCCAACUGCAUGGAAAUGUUGUAG